CUUGCAUUCUUUGUGUGCGAGCUGCGGGUUAGAUUAUUUAUGUUGCAUACACGACUUGCAAAGGGACGCAACCGAACUAACCGGCAGAAUUACUGGUCUGAAUGACGCACGGCUGUAACAUGACUUCCUUUUCUGAUCGGAAUGAUUGAGUCACAGCCAGCCGACGCCAUGUUACCACCAUAUCCGCAGGCACAUCAAGUUGUGUAAAGACCCGGCAGCUCUCUUCGAUAACUACAGGGUUACAAAGUACACUGUGUCAAGUGCAAUGGCUCCACAACCAGCCGAGGAAGAUAUCUGAAAGAAGCGAUUCAACGUAUAUACAUUUGGAAUAUUGCUAAAAGCGACUUAAACCCUUACUCACAUACGUUUUGAAUUAUAUAGUGUCUGUUGAAAAGUAUUAAAAUGCAUCAGUUCGAUGUCUCCUAAAUUCUCAUUCUCGCAUCUUCACCAUGAUUAUUUGAACUUCAGAGGAAAGACUGGUUUUGACAACAAUGAAGCCGAAGCAAUUCCUGUACUCCAUCAAGUUAUGGCAUGGCAUGAUUAGAGUGGAUGUUAUGGACAAGUGCUUGCAUGUGAAGUCAGUGUUCCUCAUGCCUUUCCCGAACUCCGUGAAGGAUACCAAGACCUUGCAUGAUUCCAAAGAUUCUUUUGAAUAUUCUAAAUAUGAGUUUCCAUUCUCAAGAAUCCAUGUCUUUCCGUCUAUUUGUCUCAGGGGAAACUUCGAGGCAUUGGUUAGUAGAGGAGGGGAACCUCUCCAGGACAGCAUGCGGCUUGAGGCUUUAAGGCUGCGAUCCUUUAAUGGGGUGAAUAUUGAAGCGCCAGCCUUAGUCCUUGCUAGAGAAGGGUUGUAUGCUACAGGAGAUGGGGACGAGACUAGAUGUUUCAGCUGCGGCAUCAGGCACAGGAACUGGAGACGAAGGGACAGGCCUGCCGAUGUCCAUCUUGAAGAUUGUUGUAGGCAUAAUUCAAGAAAUAUACGAUUUGCCAACAACCCCUUGCCUUCGGGGAAUCAGCCUGUCCGAACUCACCUUGCGCUGCAAGAUCAUGACGUACACCCAGUCAGGAACUCCAGAGAUCCUGUUAUCAUCCCCGGUAGCAGUAGAGGAAACCGUGCACACAUGCUCCAGCCAACAGGUGAUUACAGUACAUUCACAGAACGUCUCUCUACAUAUCGAAACUGGCCACAUGGAAGAGAUGUUGCUUUGCUAGCCGCCAUUGCCAGAGCUGGUUUCUUCUACGAAGGUUACGCUGAUACUGUCCGGUGUUUCGCAUGUUUGACUGCCUUGCGAGACUGGGAACCAGGAGACGAUCCCUGGAUAGAGCACGUAAGAUGGAGGCCAAGGUGUGAUUACAUAGAAUUUGUGAGAGGUCAAAGACACAGACGGGCGGUUGUCACCAGCAUGGCCCAGGCACAUCGUGGAUGCGGCCAUGAUCCUCCAUAUGGACAAAGGGAAAAUGAUCCUUUGGGGCUUUGUCUCGAGAUGGGCUACAGCCAGCACGAUAUCUUGGAGGCUGCACGUAUUAUCGAGAGAGAUAGAGCUGUACUUUCGCUUGAACUGCUUCUCGACAAGUUGAUGGUACUAGCAGAUGGCACCUCGGUAGAUUACAGCUCACAAGCGCGUGGGGGGAAUUGUAUUGGUUGUGGGAUUCAGCCAAUUGCAAUAAGGUUUAUUCCGUGUGACCACCGUGUAUUCUGCAACAGAUGCGCUGAAGACUUCAGUAGGUGCCCCCUCAGAGAGUGUGGACGAGCUAUUCAGGGCGUCGAAUGGAUGUAGAACAUAAGCCGGCACACUACCAGCUUGACGAAAAUACGCACAUUUCAUAAUAAAUGCAUGUUCACUCUU